CCGUCGAACGCAAGAAACGUCUCACGAAGGCAUUGCGCUCCUCUGUCAGCGAUUGUUACACCAAUAACGGACGGCAAGCCUCGUGCUCCAUGUUGUGACCCGACUGGCCAUUCGACGGACAGCGCACGCGGCACUUCACCAAUCGAUUCCGCUGUUACCCAAAAGCAUGGCAUUGCCCAAUUUCCCGAAGCACGCUCUUCCCAGUGACAGAGCGGAGCGGCUGGCAAUAUGGCAGUGUCUCGUGGACAGAUCGACCACCGAGGAGCGCAAUGAAGUCCUUCGGAUGAUAUUAAAGCGAAAUGAUAUACUACCGACGCUGCCCAUGGAGCUCAUCAUCGAGCUACUGGAUCAUUUGCCCUUCUUUGAGUCUUUCAGGCUGCAGCGAGUAUGCAGAAGCUGGAGGGCGACUUUCUCCCAAGAAGCCGUGGUCAGAGCAUCGUUGAUCGCAUGGGAAUCUCAUAGCCCAUCUGACAGCGCGCGAGGUCCAAACUAUUUGACGUCUCAGACCAAUGCAGCGAAACUACGACAUGUCAAGGCGAUGAGGUGUGGCCGCCCUUUCUCUCAGGCUUCUUACACCGAACUCAAUGUGUUCCGCGACAGCUUUCGAGGUCAGACUAUCAAGGAUGAUCCGCCGCAGCUGAAAGGUACGCGACUGGCUUUUAUCCGCAGACCGCAGCAGGGAUGCAACAGUGUUGUACUUCGCGACCUUACGACCGGCCACGCAACGACACUGUACGGGGAUGCACGCGAGACCAUCAUGAAUAUUGCUCUGUCCUCGACGUUGAUUGCAUUUACAAGUCACUCUGGCAAGCUGUAUACGCAGGACUUCACGUCCGGCUCUCCGGUUCGCAAGAGUGUUCGUCUGCCUUCCGCGACUAUCAUGGCUCUGCAUGCUGAUCAUGGCGUUGUUGGCGUCAUGUUGAAGGAAUCGGGAACGGAUUAUCAGUACUCGGUGGCAAUAUACGAGUUUUCGACAGGUUCCUUACUGGCAUUGAACAACCUCCAUCCGACGCUCUUAUCACCUCACACGCCAAGUCUCUUCUUGGGAUCAUUUUGUAUCUCAUCGCUCUUGAUGGUCGACGCCAACGACAAAAUUGUCGAUACUUUUGACUACAUGUUCCACAUGGGUGAGUCGCCGGACGUUCAUCUUGAGCACACCAGAUACUCUUUCGACGGCGAGCGACUACAUAACUCGGUGUCAACAUUCGGCGGCGGUCGAUGCGCCGUCGAUCUCUCGAUGCCGAUUUCCCAGCCUUCUGGCUUCAAAGACACCUACACUUUGACGCUCGUCACCAACAAACUCCAAACCCAUCGUAUUGUGGAAACCACUGAGCCUGCUUGGCCCGCGAACGUUGAGGCGCUCUCGCUGACGCCCUGGAAAGAGAUUCGAGGCUUCAUUGUACGAUUCAACUGUAAAAGUACGAAGCUGGCGUUCUAUGAAGGAUAUGAUGAUCCCAAGGCCAACGACGUCUUCAGAGACUUCUGGCACUUGAAGAGCAUUCAUCAUGUUUGGAAAGACAUGCACUUUCACCGCGUCACGCCUCCGGACCACGCACAUCUCAUCACCAUCAAUCCGGAACACGAGUCGGCGCGAGGCCAGGGCCGUGGCUAUCUACUGAGCUGGCUAGACAUGCCGGAGGAAGCCUCCAGCGACAUCGAUCAUGACAUCGCACUGUGCGUCAACGACACAUUCAUCGUCGCGUGCUUGAGAUCCGGCCCGAUAAUGCGCAUCCGGGUAAUGAACUUUGACGAGGAUCUGCAAAUAGCGGGCGCAAUAGGGACGGCCUACUCUGCCACUGACCGAACAUUGGCAGCCUUAUCGGAUCUGCCAUUUCUGAGUCGUGGCGACGUGCCCCUUGAGCGCGUGGCGCGGAUUCGAUUCCUGCAACGACAAUGA